UGUACUUGAUCUGUUAAAGAGAUGUGGUUUCCCUCAGACAAGAUGGCAUGAGCUGGGACUGAGACUAGGACUACAUAAGGACACACUGGAUGUUUUGGAAGCAAUUUUCUCUAGAGAUGUAUCUCGCUGCUUGAUAGAGACUCUCUCCAAGUGGUUGCGUAGAGCUGAUAAUGUUGACAGUAAAGGAGGAGCUACCUUUGACUCACUGUCAGAUGCUCUUAAAUCUAUGAAUGAGAAUGCUGCAGCUGACAAGUUAGAUCAAGAGAGUAAAAUUGCAGUCAUGACAGCUGUAGUUAGACAUGUUACCAGUAGUACAGUCAAUCAAUUACCUACUGCUAACACACCAGUAUCAGCUGGUGAGUUCUUUUUCAAUGCAGCAUAUCGACCAGUUUUUAAUGAGGUCAGAGGUCAUUUUGGUAUCCUUCGUGAUAAGAUAGUUCCUUUGAUAUCUCAAUCAAAAGCAUCCAUUGAAGAAAUGAAGUCAUUUCUUCAAAAAUCAUUUCCUGAAUUAGGUCCUGACCUGUCUAACGCUGAUAGUAUUGAAGACAUUAUGAAUGUUGUAGUGAAGAAUUGCCGAGUGAAUGACAUUUCAAUAAUAAAAACGAUUGUGCUACGCUUUGACAUCACUGAAGCAGAUGAUCUUAUAUCAAAAUACGAAGGCAAAGUCAAGACACUUACUGGAUCAUUGAAAGACUUUCUGAGUCUAAAUGAACCUCAACAUCUUAAUGACUCCAAUACAAUUCAGUUUACUUUGGGAUGGGAACCAGAUGAGCACUCACUUGAUGACAUACGUAAUCUCUUAGAGGAAGCAUUUAAAGAAUUAAACAAGAGGAUUAUUGUACGAAGCAUUCAUCGUGGGAACUCCAUCAUUAUCAUCUGUUAUGGUCCACAUCAUUUACUAGCUGCUCUUCUCUUGGAAGCACAAGACAACCUAACUGUCUUGAUGAAGGAAUUCAGUUUAAUUAGACUAACCAUUAGCCACUACACUGUCUAUGAUAAAAGGAUCAGAUACAAAGUAAUGAAUAAUGAGUGUCUUGCAGAGGAGAUUAAACUAGCUGAUGGAGAGGAACAAGAACUGAGGACUGAACUUGAUUACAAAGAAGGAUCAAUAUUUGAACAAGAUAAACAACUAAAUAUCAUCAAAAAAAGAAAAGAGUAUAUUGAAAGGAGACUAGAGACACCAGGUAUAGUACUAACUUAAAGCAUGUAUUAAAGUAAUGUGGAGUUGA